AUGAAUACAUUUAACGCAAACUUUGGAGUAAUCCUUCACAUAGCGGCACGAGGACAGUGUACUAUAAAGCCAACCGAUGCUCACUUCGUGAUUCACGCAGCUCCAAGAAGCCCUUCAAUAGCUCAUGCGCCCCAAGUUGUGCUUCUAGCGGUUGUUGCCUUCCUGGCAUGUGCUGCUGGAAGCGAAGUAUCCACGGGGACAGAAGAAGUCAUUACUGCUGUCCAGGACUACACUCCCACCGACCGAUUGUUGCGCGCCGAUACCAAGGGCACAGUUGACGACGAAGAGCGGGCGGCCAUCAAGGCCCCAGAGAGCUUAACCAGCUUCUUCAAGUCGAUCAAGUCAAGCACUGCGUCAAAGAUCGCGUAUAUGAGUGCAAGCGGGGACAAGCUUCUCGAUAUGAUGCAGCUCAAACGGGUUACCACGGACAAGGCUUUUGUCAAACUCAAGCUGAAUCGCGAUCUGGACGGCCUCCUCACCAAUCCCAACCUGAAAGAGUUUGCCAAGUAUCUGGAGAGGCUCAAUGAUCCCAAGACAAAGGUAGGCUUACCGACGGCCCCCAUCGCUGACACCAUGAUUGCAACCAUCGUCAAGAGCUACAAAAAUGACAAGGAGGUGGCCAAAACGCUCGUCAGAGCGAAGGAAAACGAGAAAACCAAGGCACUUGCCACUGACUUGGAACAGGCGCUGUUCAAGAAGAGGAUGAAUGGCCGUCCGCCGAUGCACAAGGACGACGUGAGUGAGCUUAUCCGUGUCCGAGACGCAUUUCUACCUUGGCUACCAAAACUUUGUCAAGGCUGA